AUGUCUUUAGCUGAUGGUGAAUAUGAAAUAGACAUAUCAGUACUACUAAAUGAAACAAAUAACAAUUCCGAUGAUCAAGAACUCAAUGAAUAUGAAGAUAUAGCAAUAAGAUAUGGAUUUAUACCAGAUUCUAUGGAUCAAUCCAAGCCGUUAAAGUUAUAUAAACAUGAUCAAUCAUAUAUUUUACAAGCUUCUUCAUCAGAACCAAAUAAGAAGCCAAUACUAUUUGAAGGUUCAGCAACAAGACAUAAUGAUUCAGAAUUUUAUUUCACUUAUGAUGAAGAAAGCAUAGAUAAUUUGACUUUGAAAUUAAGUCAACUAGAUAGUACAAUUAGAUUUAACAAAAGUAGGGAUACACUAAAGUUACAAUCAGAAAUUAAAUUAUUAGAAAAAGAAUUCGAAAAACAACAACACCAAUUGCAAACACUACAACAACAGAAAGCAGCAAUAGCGAAGAAUCCAGAACAACAAAGACUAAAUAAAUUCAAAAAAUUAGAGCAAGAAAAAUCAGAACUUCUAAAAAAGCUGGAACAACUGAAAUGGGAACAAAAGAAAAAAGAGCAACAAGAAUGGGAAGAGAAGAAAUUAGAGCACCAAAAGUUGGAGUUAAAGAAACUAGAACUACAAAAGAUUGAAGCUAAAAGAAGAGAAGCACCUCAAAAACCAGUCAAUAAACAAUCUCCUACAAAACCUAGCAAAUUUACAAACACCAAAUCAACUAAAUCACCAAUCAAAAAAGAAGUCAAAUCGAGUACUUUACAUAUACCGUCCAUAAAUUCAAAAGUUGCAUCAAAACGACCGCCGACAGCUACAAGUACUCCUGAACCAAGAGAUUCUAUUAAAGAAUCAAUUAUAAGUGAAUCAGAUUUUGACGAUUUGAAGAAUGACCUGCUGGAUGAUGAUGAUCAAAUAAAGUUCCCUGAAUUUACUAUAGCAUUUGACGAAUCAAAAGAGGAAAAAGCUCCGCCCAAAAAAAAGGCUAUCAAAGUUGUAGCAUCAGAAAUACCGAAAAAUGAAUCAAAAGGAUUAGACGAAAAGUCUACUAUUCCGACAAGGACUAAUAAUUCAGCUCCAAAACCUCAGAUUCAUACAGCAAAUGAUUCCAAACCCCAAAAAAAGACAAGAAGGAAGGAGUCAAUGGUUGAUGAGUUUGAUGAGCUAGAAAAUCAAUUGCAAGAAGUUUUAGAAUUUGAAGAGGAAGUACCAAAGGAAGAUAAUGCCAUGAAGCCAAAAGACACAAUUCUAGAUAAAGAAUCAGCGGAAAAUGUAAUAUCAACUAGUACCACUUCCAUGCGAGUAACAAAAAAUUCAAACAAUUCAGACUCAGAUAUGGAUGACAGUGAUUUCGAUACGUAUAAUUUUGGAAAUAAUAAUAUUAAAAUAGAUGAAGGUGUCAAUCAUAGAAAAUCGAAUAGUUUUUCAUUAAAUGUAAAUUCACAAGGUAAACCUAGAAGUUUAAGAGAAUUAAUGGGUGGUGGGAAGAAGUCUAUCACUAAGGCUGAAAAUGAUGGAAGUAGCAGUGAAGAAGAAUAA